AUAAUAUUACUGUUAAUGAAUUAGUUUUUCGAAGUAGUUGAAUUUUACUGAAAUUUAAAAGUUUGUCAUUUGCAUGAUCUUUUGUAUCACAGUUAACCUCAAGAGCAUUUUGUUUCAGAACUUGCCGACUGUGUAAUAACACUUUUAUUUAGAUUUCCAAGCAAAACCCUUGUUCAAAUAAAGGAAGCAGUGUUAUGUUGAACUUUUAACAACUGUUUGUGCGUCAUGGGGACUUUUCAUGGCAAAUCUUUAGGUCUUGGGUGAAACAAUGCUCAAGUAUUUGAAUAAAAAUGCAAAGAUGUAUUAACAAUGAAAAUUGUCCAUAUAACUUUAUUUUUAGCUUAGUGCCCCACAGCUGUUUGUGUUGGAUGUUUGAAUACAUUUGAAUAUAAAAGGGUUAAUGGUCUUUUUGUUUUAAGACUUCAGUGUCCUGGGAGGAAAAAAUAAUUGGCCCUGGUGGUUAUUAAUAUUAGAUUUUUCUUUUUUUGGAAUCUAGGCAUACGUCUUUGCUCUAUUGAACAUUAAAAACAUUCUGUAGAUUUUAUGUAAUCUGACACAUUGAUAAUCUAGUAGUAUAAACUGAGUGCUCUAAGCUCUGUGGUAUAUCAGACAUGGGAGAUUGAAGUUUCUUUUCAGUGUUCUUAAUAAGUAAGUGAUGUUGGAAAUUUUUAAUUUUUUUAAAUGGAAAGUGAUGUCCCAAUUUAUUCUUUUCUUUUUGAUUUUAGAUGGGAAAUGUAAAGUCAUAAGAUCGAUAGGUUGACUGUGACAACUAUGCUUACUUACAGAGAGAACAGGAAAUGAGAAUGGGUGAUAUGGGUCCCCGUGGAGCAAUAAACAUGGGAGAUGCAUUUAGCCCAGCACCUGCUGGUAACCAAGGUCCUCCUCCAAUGAUGGGUAUGAAUAUGAACAACAGAGGAACUAUACCUGGCCCACCAAUGGGUCCUGGUCCUGCCAUGGGACCAGAAGGAGCUGCAAAUAUGGGAACUCCAAUGAUGCCAGAUAAUGGAGCAGUGCACAAUGAUAGAUUUCCUCAAGGACCAUCAUCUCAGAUGGGAUCACCUAUGGGGAGUAGAACAGGUUCUGAAACCCCUCAAGCACCAAUGAGUGGUGUAGGUCCUGUUAGUGGUGGUCCUGGUGGUUUUGGUAGAGGAAGCCAAGGGGGCAACUUUGAAGGCCCUAAUAAACGUCGUAGAUAUUAAACAUUCUUUCAUUCCUGGCUACUUAGAGAAAAAAACCUCAGUGGUAUGCCUUUACACUUUUACUUGUUACCUGGAAGAAAUGGUUUUAUUGUUAAUGUAUGUAGACUUUAAAGUUUUUCUUUUGUAAAACAAGGUUUUUGUAUUUUUCUUUAUUCAUACAUAAGCUUUGUAGAUUAGAAUGGUGAUGCUCAUCAUUGUGAAUGUUAAAAUGUGUUUGUGACUUUAGCUACAUAUAAGUAUGCCAUAGAACUGUGAAGUCUAUGUAGUUACUUAAUCUCAAUAAAGAAAUCAUUUUGGAUAAUUUA